GGCAGUGCUGUUGUUGUUGCUUUCAUCGAGCAGGAGGUGCAGACGGUGCAGCACAGGCAGAGGCAGCAGCAGCAGCAGCAGGUGGGGCUGAGCGAACCACCGCAGAGGAGACAGAUAGAGAGAGGGAGGGGAGGGGGAGGGUGAUAGAAGAGAGUGAGCGAGUGAGGUGAGUGUCUGCGUGGGUCUGAUUGUCUGCGUCUGUGGCCGACUGCGGAAAUACGGAAGUGGAGCUUCUGGUGCGUCUGAUGCUGCUGCUGCGCUGGUGGAGAGGGUGGCGUGCUGCUAGCGCUGGGCUUGGCGUUGGCGUUGGCGUUGGCGUUUGAUUGCUCGGUGCUGCGUGCGUAGGGAGGUGGGGAGAGGAGACUAGAGAGGUGGGGGAGGGAGGGAGGGAGGGAGGGAAGCAAUGAGGUCAGGGAGGGCAGCACUACUUCGAAUGGCUUGCGAGGGGAAGCAGGGAGGGAACAGAGGCGGAGUCGCUGCUGUCGUCGUCGCUGCUGCGGGUGGUGCAGGCAGUUUGAGAGCUGCGGGAGCACAUGUUCGGCGGGUGUAGAAGCACGAGGUGGCAGAGCUGUAGGGAAAAGGGAAGAGAUUGGUAUGUGGGGUAGCGGCAUUGUGGAAUAGGUAGAGUGGGUGAGAGAGAGAGAGAGAAAGUGAGUGAGAGAGAGAGAAGCAGUGGAAGUGCAAUGAAGUCGGCCUCGAAGCUUAGCAAAUCUGCCCCUGGAACUCCGAGGAAAGACCUCUCGAGUCAGAAGGAGAACUACGACGAUGCUCCGACAGACAAGAAGCGAAAGUUGGGCGGCAGGGACCUAUUGGACAAGCGUGCUAUGACUGAAUUAAAACCUCGUGUACGGCAAGCGUUUCUGUCACUCAACUCUCGUUUGGACUCGAGUCCGUCAUCGCAAAUGAGGACACCUACGAAUACUACUCCCCGCAAGGGAGCAGCAGCCCGAGAGGCCGAGCUCCCCGUGACUGUCAACCCCUCCGAUGUCGACGCUCUUUUGAGCAUGAAGAUGACCGGCAAGAAUAAGUUCGACUACAAGGGCAAGUGCGAGCAAAUGAUGGACUACAUCAAAAAGCUUCGAGCGUGCAUUCGUCAGUUCCAGGAGCUAGAAACCAACAUCACAUUGGAGAAGGACGACCUGCGUAGGCAGCUAGACGACGAGAAGGAAAGCCGCGAGCAAUCCGAGGCGACGUUGAAAUACAAGCAAGACGAGCUGGAGGCGGGGCUCGCCGAGCUCAAAGGCAUGUGCAAUAAUCUCGAAGAGAGGUUGGCCUACACAGAAUCUGAGAAAGAGAAUCUUUUAAAGGCGCGGGAGAAAGACGCCGAAACUCUCCAAUCUGCGGAGAAAGAAAUUUCUCGCUUAACCGAGCAUUUGGACAAGUCGAACAAGGAGGUCGCGAAUCUGUUGCAGCAGGUGAGUUCCCUACAAGACAUUAAUAAAAGACUUCAGGAGUACAACACUAGCCUUCAGCAGUACAACAGCAAAUUACAAAGCGAUGCGACAGCUGCAGCGGAGGCCAUGUCUAGAACUCAAAAGGAGAAGGCCGCAAUUAUGGAAACUCUCAGUGCACUUCGCGGCCAUACUUCGGUGCUUCAGGAUCAGUUAGAUGCCAGCAAGACUACAAUGCUGGAGAGACUGAAGCAGAACAAAGAACUAAAAGAAGAAGCUGAGAGGAUACGUUCAGAGCUACAACGCAUUACAGAUGACAGGGAACAGAGGGCUAGUCAAAUUCAAGCACUCAUGGACGAGAACAUGCGUUACAAGGAGUGCACAGGGAAGUCCGCAGCUGAGCUCGAGCAGCUUAGCAACAAGGCUGUAGCGCUCGAGGAAGGUUAUACCUCCCAGGCCGAAGCGAUGAAGGCCUUAAGACAACAACUGGACUUCGCCCACCAGAAGCUCAAGAUGGCUGAAGCAAGGAUAGCGGAGAAUGAGUCCAAAGGCGAUGAGUACAAGGGAAGACUAGAAGAAGUUCAGCAAAGGCUUUCGGAAGCAGAAAGCAGACUUCAUGAAGGGGAGCUUGUACGAAGAAAGCUCCACAAUACUAUUUUGGAACUCAAGGGCAACGUUAGAGUGUUCUGUAGGGUUCGGCCUCUCAUGCCGGACGAAGACGACAACGGUGGUACAGAGCCUAUCGUACAGUAUCCGAAUUCGACUGAGCUCAUGGGCAGGGGCAUUGAACUCGUCCAGUCUCAAGGACAAAAACAUACCUUUACCUUCGAUAAGGUUUUCGGUCCCGAGGUCAUGCAAGAGGAUGUAUUUGUGGAAAUUUCCCAGUUAGUCCAAAGUGCCCUUGACGGAUAUAAGGUAUGUAUUUUCGCUUACGGGCAAACAGGUUCAGGAAAGACGCACACUAUGCUUGGUAAUCAGGACCGUCCUGAGCAAAGAGGUGUUAUUCCCCGAUCUCUGGAGCAGAUAUUCAAGACCAGUCAAGCCCUUAGCUCAACUGGAUGGAGUUUCCGAAUGCAGGCAUCCAUGCUGGAAAUUUACAAUGAGACGAUCAGAGACUUAUUGGCCCGUCCUGGCAAUGGUAAUGGUAAUGAGAAUGGUACUCCUGCAAAGCAGCACAUUGUGAAACAUGACCUCAAUGGAAACACGAUUGUGUCUGAUCUUACCUUAGUAGAAGUCAGCAACUGGAAGGAGGUUGCAUCUCUCCUGCAACGAGCCGCCCAGAGCAGGUCUGUGGGUAAGACAGCGAUGAACGAGCAGUCAUCCCGCAGCCAUUGUGUGUUCACGCUGCGAAUUUCUGGUGUGAAUGAGAGCACGGAGCAACAGGUACAUGGAGUGCUCAAUCUCAUCGAUUUAGCUGGUAGUGAGCGCCUUUCUAGAAGUUGCUCCACUGGCGAUCGCUUAAAAGAAACUCAGGCAAUUAACAAAAGCUUGUCAAGUCUGGGGGAUGUCAUCCUAGCUAUUGGAAACAAAGAGCAGCACAUUCCGUAUCGAAACUCAAAAUUGACGUAUCUUCUCCAACCAUGCCUGGGAGGAGACUCCAAAACAUUGAUGUUCGUGAACAUUUCUCCCGAUUCGAAAUCUCUGAACGAGUCACUGUGCUCCUUGCGCUUCGCUGCUAAGGUCAACGCUUGUGAAAUUGGUGUGCCGCGACGACAGACUCUGGGGAGCCGAAAUGCGGAUUCGCGGCUAAGGAAGAAUGGAAGUUACAUUGAAGGGUCACUGCCGGAGGGUGAGUAUUAUGAGGAGAGUGAAUAUGAGUACAGGACCCAAGGAAGUUCGAUAGAUUUGGCUUGCAAACGGAUGAAAGAUAUCAGAAUAGGCCAAUAGGCUCCGAAACAUCUCUAGUAAGUUGCUUCCACCCACUCUAUCAGGAAGUCGAACUUUCCACAUGUGGGUGAUGGAUGCUCCUCCAGUAUGUCUUCUCAGCGCAAGUCGUCUUUGUCUGACUUGAGCUUUAGAGGACAAUCUUGUUAGCAAUAGUAGACGGUUACCGAUCACUUGUAAGUAAAAGCACUGGGAAUGAAUCCAUCUAGAAAUGUGAUGGGGUCUGCCCUCUGAGAGAAGAUCGGCUGUAGAGAGUAGUCUGAAACCUGGCCGCCCAAAUCACAGACGGAGGCAGUAUCUGUCCGAAUGAUUUUUACCCGCUGUGCAUCAACACAUGCAGGGUGGGCCACUGAAAGGAAAGCCACUGGUACGAGAUAGUUGGAAAGUACGGCACUCUGAUCACAUGCCUUUUGGGCAUGUCAAUUGAUAGUUUCUCCGAGGCAUUGAACUCCCAGUGCCACUGAACUCGCAGCAGCAGUUCACAUCCUUGUAAUCUAUUAAAUUGUUUAGAAACCAAGUUCAAAUUUGCAGACAACGUCGCCUGCCCUGUUGCCUUGUCGCG